CCAGCAUUGCGGUGUCUGAAGCAGGCCCAACCACCGCGAUCGUGGUGCUUGACAUUGGUGAUGAGUCCUUGGUUCGACAGAGUGACAAUGGUCGUCAUUCUUAUCAACUGUAUAACAUUAGAUACAUGGAAUCGGCUGGAUUUCUUCAUUGUCAUGGCGGGGUAAGCCCAAGUGUUCCGAAGUCAUAUGCCAUCACAGCUAUCAGAACCUUGAUAGCUUACACGGAAU